AUGACUUAUCGACCUAGACCAGGAGCAAGGGGCUCCGGCUUGCGAAGCAAAACGGGCUGUAUACCAUGUCGUCAACGGCGAAAGAAGUGUGAUGAGUCUAGACCGAUCUGCCUUGGGUGCGAUAGAAACCAUCUGAUCUGCCAAUGGUCCGCUCCAUUGAGCUCCAAGUCUCCGACGGCAGACGCGAUUCGUGAUCGUGGGACUCCUCAGCCAGACUGUAGAGAAACAACAACAAAAACCGACAAGCAACUAUCUUCUCGAGCAAUCUUCCCAGUCGCCACAAGCCCGAUAAUUGUGCCCGCCCAACUCCGCAAGGGUACGAAUCGGUAUCUCUUCGAACAUUUUCUCCACGUCACAGCAAAGCGAAUGGCUGGAAGAACAUACCCUGAGAAUCCGUUCCUCUCUUGCAAUCUCAAAAUCGCUUUUGGUAGCACUAUAAUGCAGCAUGCUAUCCUUGCCAUAAGUGCUUCUCACUUACUGUACAGGAGGCCAGACAUGGCUGAGAUAUGCGCCUCUCAUUAUGCGAUUGUGCUUCGAGCAAUGAAACAUGCUGUGACACGGUGGAAGGCUCUUCAUAUACGCGAUCAGACUGCGCUGCUGGCUACAGCCCUAGCCCUCUGCUGGUUCGAGACCAUCGAUGUCAACACCAGCGGUGCAUUGUAUCACCAUCUAGAAGCGAGCAAGUUCAUGUUUCAAACAGUCAAAGAAAACCUCAAAGAUCAUGAUCCGAGCUUGUUUGGCUUCUUGGCAGAGCAAUACGCGUACCUCGCCACCGUCUCCAACAUAACAUUGCGCUCUGCUCGUUUCGAUCCUGAGAUGAGUCAAACCUUAUCGCUGCCUUCACUGGCACUUCUGAAUAAAGGGUCAAAUUUCUACGGAUGCCUUUUUGGCUGCUCUCACCUUGUCUACGAAACAAUUCCUAUGAUAUGCGACCUGGCCAAGUUACGGAUCGAAGAGGGGAUCGCUCCUUCACAAGCAUCCCACCAGCAAUAUGAAUCGAUCCUGGGAGAGCUAAAAGUCUGGCGACCAACACAGAGGUAUUUCACCGAGGACUUUGAAUAUGCAGGCCAGCUAUAUCGUGAAGCCUGUCUUAUCUUUCUGGAGUCUUCCUUCCAAGGACCUGAUACUACCAACUCGGAGCUUUACGCGGCAGUUGAAUCAUGUCUCGGUCGCUUCUUGGAAGUCUUUGCUAAGAUGUCAUAUGAGUCCCCAUCCUGGACGACCGUUAUGUGGCCGAUACUGACAGCCGGGUCAUACAUGAGGUGCCCGAGACAGCGAGACCAACUUUCAGACAUUAUAUUGAACUCGACCUUUGACAUGAGGGCUGUUGACAACACGCUACAUCCGCUCAGGCUCCUUUGGGAAAAGAUGGCUUUUGAUGAUAGCUAUUAUGGAUCUUACGGGCUGGAAAAGGUCUUGAAGGAAUGUGGGAUUACCAUGUGUGUAGGGUGA